UCUUGAUUUGGUGGCGCGGAUCCGUAAUGUCGGUAGGUGGUUGUGGUUUAAGUACGACGCUGUCGACUAUUUGAGGACCCGUCGUCGUAUCUCUUGUAUCUGAUUCCACUCCUCCCGUGAAACUUGGACAGUUCAUCCUUUCCUUCUUCUCGUCGUACUCUUGACUUGUCGAGGCAAGUGAUAAUGAGUCCUUCACCAACUGUCCUCACGUCCAGCGGUACCACACUACCUCUCUACUCAUCCUCUCCAGAGUCGGAUCACAGUCUGACCUCCACACACACCGCAUAUUCGUCUUCGUCCCAGCCAACCUACAAAGGCUAUCACCACAUAACGUGGUGGGUCGGUAAUGCUAAGCAAGCGGCUUCAUACUACAUAACACGUUUCGGAUUCCGCCCUGUCGCCAAGUCGGACCUUACCACAGGCUCUCGCACAGUUGCAAGCCAUGUCGUCGCCUCAGGAAACAUCAAGUUCGUGUUCCAGUCUCCCAUACUAGCCAGUAACCCUAGACGGGGCGGGCUAAAAAAGGAAGAUAAGCUGUUGGAGGACAUGUACGAAAGCUUGGAGCAGCACGGUGACGCGGUCAAGGAUGUUGCUUUUGAGGUCAAUGAUGUACGAGCUGUAUACGAAGGCGCAAUCGCUCGAGGAGCCGAAGGAGUUCGAGAGCCGUGGACAGUGAAAGAUGAGUUCGGUGCGGUGACAAUGGCAAGUGUAAAGACGUAUGGUGACACUACACACACCUUUGUCGAGAGGGACGGCUACAACGGUCCAUUUCUUCCUGGUUUCAAGCCUGUCGAUGAAAUAGAUCCGAUCAUGAAGAUAUUGCCCGAAUGCCCCUUAGAAGUCAUCGACCACUGCGUGGGAAAUCAGGACUGGGACGACAUGGAGGACGCAUGUGACUUCUACGAGAAAUGCCUUGGUUUCCACAGAUUCUGGUCGGUAGAUGACAAGGACAUCUGUACCGAUUUUUCAGCCCUUAGGUCUAUCGUCAUGUCAUCGCCAAACGACAUUGUCAAGAUGCCUAUAAAUGAGCCUGCAGAAGCCAAGAAGAAGGGGAAGUCGCAAAUUGAAGAAUAUGUCGAAUACAACAACGGCCCAGGAGUUCAGCACAUCGCCCUCAAAACGCCUGAUAUCAUAACAACCGUACGCAACAUGCGAGCUCGCGGUGUCGAGUUCAUCAAGGUGCCCGACACAUAUUACGAAACCAUGCGCGAGCGCAUAAAGUCCAACACGCUCAGGUGGAAGCUCAAGGAGAAUUUCGACGAGAUCCAGGACUUGAAUAUCCUUAUCGAUUUCGAUGAAGGCGGCUAUCUGUUGCAACUUUUCACGAAGCCACUGAUGGACAGGCCGACGGUUUUCAUUGAGAUCAUCCAAAGAGAGAAUUUCUCUGGAUUUGGGGCAGGAAAUUUCAAGAGCCUGUUCGAGGCGAUCGAGCGGGACCAGGCAGCGCGAGGUAACUUGUAGAGACCAUCUUGAGAGGUUGCAUUGGAAGAUGAAGAAAUAUACGUGUAAGCCGCAGAUGCUUUCGUAUUUUGCUGCAUCUGGUAGCUUGGCGGCUUGGUCUCCUUAAUAUAUGGGCCUUCGCAUCCUAUCUAAAAUUAGCCAUGUUUAUUUGUCAGAACUGUCUUCAUGUUCGCACCAUGUGUACUCCUCGUUCACCACGUGCCUGACGAAAAAGUUUACCACUUCGUGGCCGGUUCAAGAGUGACCUGAGCUUAAAAUCAAACUAUCCAGCUUCUUCUCAACCACAGGCAUCAGUUCAGCUAAUUUAUU